ACCUAUUCUGGCCAGUUUUCUACAAUCUGUUCUGUCAAAUGAAAGCUCAUGAAAGACGUUAUAGUAUCAAGAGCUCGUUGCACCUUCAACCGCCGGGCAAAAGUUUAGGUUACCCACCAGUUCGUGAUGCAAAGCCCAAUGUAUCACAUUACGCUUUGGCCACAUUACAUCGCCAUGGAUUCGUCAAUACGGUUAUAACGCAGAACGUAGAUGGUUUACAUGGUCGAGCUGGUUUAACAAAAGAGGCACUUUUAGAGCUGCAUGGCACACUCUUUGUUAGGCACGAAAUCGAUCGAGAUGAAUUUCAAGUCCUACUGUCCGAAGCCAAUCCUGACUGGAAAGCAUUUGUUGAAGAUCUUGAAUUGAAAGGAGAGAAGUUACGGACAAAUCCGGACGGAGAUGUUGGUCAACGUUUCAGUAGACGUUAUACCCAUCUAACCAAGUACAGGUCGCAUUGGAGGGUCGUUCUUAUGACGACUUUGUCGUCCCAGCUUGCCCAACCUGCCUCACUGAAGGAAAAACGGAACCUCAAGCCUGAUGUUGUAUUCUUUGGUGAAUCAGUGCCAGAGGGAAAGAAAAAUCGAUCGUUA